CAAUACUAAAAUACCUAUCAGGACUCAUUAUGUCUAUUCUGCUUAUUCAUGAAUGUGUUGUGGAAACAUAUAAUUUAACAGAUCCAAGCAUGAUUUUCCAGUUUAGCUACAUAGAUGAGCCACAUCAUCAUAUGAUAAAAAGAAGUGCAGCAGAAGAAUCACUCCCUUCAACAACUGCUACAGCAGCAAGAGGAAAUACAGCAGCAGCAACAACAACUACAACAGCAAAACUUCCAUCAUUAACAACAAUCACAGCAACAUCUUCAGCACCAACAACAAGAGCAGCAGCAACACCAACAACAACAACUACAGCAGUAGCAACACCAACAACAACUACAGCAGCAGCAACACCAACAACAACUACAGCUGCAGCAGCAACACCAACAACUACUACAACAGCAACAACAACAACUACAGCGACAAUACCACCAACAACAACUAGAACAGCAACACCUUCACCACCAACAACUACAGCAGCAGAAACAACUACAGCAGCAAAACCACCAAAAACAACUAGAACAGCAACAUCUUCACCACCAACAUUUACAGCAGCAGCAACAACUACAGCGGCAACACCACCAAAAACAACUAGAACAGCAACACCUCCAUCAUCAACAACCAUCACAUCAGCAACAUCUUUACCACCAACAACUACAGCAGCAGUAGCAACACCAACAACUACAGUGGCAGCAGCAACACCAACAACUACAGCGGCAACACCACCAACAACAACUAGAACAGCAACACCUCCAUCAUCAACAACCACCACAUCAGCAACGCCUUUACCACCAACAACUACAGCAGCAGCAACAACACCAACAACAACUAAAACAGCAACACCUCCAUCAUCAACAACCACCACAUCAGCGACACCUUCGCCACCAACAACUACAGCAGCAACACCAACAACUACAGUAGCAACACCACCACCAACAACAACUAGAACAGCAACAGCUCCAUCAUCAACAACCACCACAUCAGCGACACCUUCGCCACCAACAACUACAGCAGCAACACCAACAACUACAGUAGCAACACCACCACCAACAACAACUAGAACAGCAACAGCUCCAUCAUCAACAACCACCACAUCAGCAACACCUUCACCAACAACAACUACAGCAGCAACACCAUUAACAACUGCAGCGGCAACACCACCAUCAUCAACAACCACCACAUCAGCAACACCUUUACCACCAACAACUACAGCAGCAACAACUAUGGCAGCAACACCAACAACUACAGCAGCAACAACACCAACAACAACAACUAAAACAGCAACACCACCAUCAUCAACAACCACCAUAUCAGCAACACCUUUACCACCAAUAACUACAGCAGCAACACCAACAACUACAUUAGCAAAACCAACAACUACAUCAGCAAGAACUACAGCGGCAACAGCCCCAACAACAACUAAAACAGCAACACCACCAUCGUCAACAACCACCAUAUCAGCAACACCUUUACCACCAACAACUACAGCAGCAACAACUACAGCAGCAUCACCAACAACUACAUCAGCAACACCAAUAACUACAUCAGCAACACCAACAACUACAUCAGCAACACCUUUACCACCAACAACUACAGCAGCAACAAGUACAUCAGCAACACCAACAACUACAGCGGCAACACCAACAACUACAGCAGCAACACCAACACCAACAACUAAAUCAGCAACACCACCAACAACAACUAAAACAGCAAAACCACCAUCAUCAUCAGCAACACCUUUACCACCAACAACUACAGCAGCAAAAACUACAGCAGCAACACCAACAACUACAGCGGCAACACCAACAACCACAGCGGCAACACCACCAACAACAACUAAAACAGCAACAACACCAUCAUCAACAACCACCAGAUCAGCAACACCUUUACCACCAACAACUACAGCAGCAACACCAACAACUACAUCAGCAACACCAACAACUACAGCGGCAACACCGCUAACAACAACUAAAACAGCAACACCACCAUCACCAACAACCACCACAUCAGCAACACCUUCACCACCAACAACUACAGCAGCAACACCAACAACUACAUCAGCAACACCAACAACUACAGUGGCAACACCACUAACAACAACUAAAACAACAACACCACCAUCAUCAACAACAACCACCACAUCAGCAACACCUUUACCACCAACAACUACAGCAGCAACACCAACAACUACAGUGGCAACACCACUAACAACAACAACUAAAACAACAACAACAACAACACCAUCAUCAACAACAACCACCACAUCAGCAACACCUUCACCACCAACAACUACAGCAGCAACACCAACAACUACAUCAGCAACACCAACAACUACAGUGGCAACACCACUAACAACAACUAAAACAACAACACCACCAUCAUCAACAACAACCACCACAUCAGCAACACCUUCACAACCAACUACUAUAGCAGCAACAACACAGGAGGGAACCACCUGUUUUUAUGGGACUCAACCUUUAACUGAAUAUCUGAUAGAAAUUGAGAUAAAUACCCUGAAUCCUGCCAUCAUUGAUCAGCUGAGGAGCCUUCUGAUGUCUUUUAAUUUACCCUACACACUCACUGACAACACAAACAUUACACAAAUCAACAUAACUACUGUCUGUUCUUUGAAUGAAAUGGAGUAUCAGUGUAAAUGUGAGGGUCUGUUUGUUUGGCCAAUUGACACGUGUCAUUCAUAUGAGACCUGUGAUAACAUCACUGAUGGUGUGUGUACAUGUAUCAAUGCUCUUCCAAACAAUGGACAGUUCUGCCAGUUAAACAAAGGACCGACUUCAAACUACAUGAUUGAUGUUGAUGUGAGAUUCUUUGAUUCGUCUCUUGUGAACUACUUACGAUAUCUGGUCACAAAUAUCAGCCUUCCUCUCGCUCUGAGUAACAACAUAAAUGUCACAGAUAUCGACAUGACUACUGUAUGUGGAUUAAAUGGCACAGAAUAUGAGUGUGAGUGUGAGGAGCAUCAUGUCUGGUCCAAUGACACCUGUGAGGUCUAUCAGGUGUGUGAUGGGAUUGUGGGAGGAACUUGUGGAUGUAUUCAAGGUCUCCCUUCAGAGGGUCAACUUUGCCAGAGAGUCAUAGAUGUAAAUGAAUGUGUUGAGAUUCCUGAGAUCUGUGGUCCAAACUCAAUCUGCAACAACACUGAUGGGAGUUACGAUUGCUGGUGUAUGAGCGGAUAUAAUGUAACAGACCCGAACUUCCACAUAAGCAGCAGUAACCCAUGCACAGAUGUGGAUGAAUGUGUUGAGAUUCUUGGGAUCUGUGGUUCAAACUCAAUCUGCAUCAACAGUGCUGGAAGUUACAAUUGCUCGUGUAUGAGUGGAUAUAAAGUAACAGACCUGAACCUCUAUACAAACAUCAUUAACCCAUGCAUUGAUGUGGAUGAAUGUGAUAAGAGAACUGAGGUCUGUGGUCCAAACGCAAUCUGCAACAACACUGAUGGGAGUUACAAUUGCUCGUGUAUGAGUGGAUAUAAAGUAAAAGACCCAAACCUCCCUAUAAGCAGCAGUAACCCAUGCAGAGAUGUGGAUGAAUGUGGGAUUCUUGGGAUCUGUGGUUCAAACUCAAUCUGCAACAACACUGCUGGGAGUUACAAUUGCUCGUGCAUGAGUGGAUAUAAAGUAACAGACCUGAACCUCCAUAUAAACAUCAGUAACCCAUGCAUUGAUGUGGAUGAAUGUGAUAAGAGAACUGAGGUCUGUGGUCCAAACUCAAUCUGCAACAACACUGCUGGGAGUUACAAUUGCUUGUGUAUGCGUGGAUAUAAUGUAACAGACCCGAACUUCCCUAUAAACAUCAGUAACCCAUGCAUUGAUGUGGAUGAAUGUGAUACGAGAACUGAGGUCUGUGGUCCAAAGUCAAUUUGCAACAACAUUGCUGGCAGUUACAAUUGCUCGUGUAUGAGUGGAUAUAAAGUAACAGACCUGAACCUCUAUACAAACAUCAGUAACCAAUGCAUUGAUGUAAAUGAAUGUGUUGAGAUUCCUGAGGUCUGUGGUCCAAACGCAAUCUGCAACAACACUGAUGGGAGUUACAAUUGCUCGUGUAUGAGUGGAUAUAAAGUAAAAGACCCAAACCUCCCUAUAAGCAGCAGUAACCCAUGCAGAGACAGGUCGACCUGUGACCAGGCUCCGCCCUACCUAUAUCAGCCAGGUCGACUCCUGCCUACGUCAUUAAUAGAGAUUUCUUCCCGUCCAAGUGCAAGGAGGGAAGUGCUGGUGAAACACCUCACUCUGUUAUCAAAGAACCGGGGCUUACGUUAA